GGUGAGCCCCGGAGGAAGACUGACUACUGGGCCCCAAUAUUGAAGGAGGAGUGGGCAUUGUUGGCAAAGGAGGAGCGCGCUAUGGCUGCCGCACCAUACAUCAAGGAGCUGCAGGCAGAGCGCAAGAUGAAGAAAUACUCGGUCCACGACAUGGAGCAGGCGGCAUUCAAUGAUGCCCGUGGGUCGCUCGCAAGCAUCCAGCAUGAGCUCAUGGCAUUGAGUGAGCGCACGGGGAUGCAAACGAUCCUCUUCGCCGUGCGCUCUACUCCUAAGUCUUACGGAAGCCCGCACGUAUUCUACACCGAUGACCGCCUUUCAGAUUUCAUCGAGUUCACAACAAAGAACUCGGUGGCUGACUUUUCUGCCCGGAUGGAUGGAUAUGUGCUUUCUGGGGUAGACGCUCUUAUCAAGCAGAAACUGAGUAAGGCAAGAUUUCUUCAUUCUGCAUUCAUACUGACAUCACUCAUAGAAGAAGGGUCUCCACGGCCCGUCGGACGGCUUACUUACAUCAAUUUUGAGAUGAACAUCACCAUUCCAUACCGAAUGCUCAUCAAGGGGUGGCCUCUCACCAGAUUCUGUUGCCCGAGCGACAUAUCCACCCGCAUGGAGGUUCAGCUCUGUCUCACGGCUUGGGAGACAGGAACAGCU